GGGGACGCGGUCAGAGCGGCAGCUCGCGGGGUGGCCCCCGCUCCGGCUCCGCCCCGUUUCACGCACCUCGCCCCUCCCCAUGCUUGGUCCCGCAGCCCCGGGGCCUCGCUGCAGAGUCGGGCUCCCUGGAUACAUGGAGGCUUGUGCCAGGCGGGGUGGGAAGACUGGAUUUUGCAGUGGAAGCAGCAUCUCUUCCGUCUGGGACCUGGCUGAGGGCGUCCCCACCCUGAGGGGAGCAGAGGACCAGCCCUGACCUAGCCGGGCCCGGCCUUGUCCUGCCCGGCCUUUGCCCCCCCGUCCAGCAGCCGGCUCUGGCCCACCGGGGUCUGGGAGCGCAGGCGCCAUGGACAAGAUCUUGGAGGCGGUGGUGACGUCGUCAUACCCGGUGAGCGUGAAGCAGGGGCUUGUUCGGCGCGUGCUGGAGGCGGCGAGGCAGCCGCUGGAGCGUGAGCAGUGCCUGGCUCUGCUGGCGCUGGGCGCGCGCCUCUACGUGGGCGGUGCAGAGGAGCUGCCGCGCCGCGUGGGCUGCCAGCUGCUGCACGUGGCCGGCCGCCACCACCCCGACGUCUUCGCCGAGUUCUUCAGUGCGCGCCGCGUGCUGCGCCUGCUGCAGGGUGGCGCCGGCCCCCCGGGCCCCCGCGCGCUCGCCUGCGUGCAGCUGGGUCUGCAGCUGCUGCCCGAGGGGCCUGCGGCCGACGAGGUGUUCGCGCUGCUGCGGCGCGAGGUGCUGCGCACCGUGUGCGAGCGCCCGGGGCCCGCGGCCUGCGCGCAGGUGGCACGGCUGCUGGCUCGCCAUCCGCGCUGUGUGCCCGACGGACCCCACCGCCUGCUCUUCUGCCAGCAGCUGGUGCGUUGCCUCGGCCGCUUCCGCUGCCCAGCCGAAGGCGAGGAGGGCGCGGUGGAGUUCCUGGAGCAGGCCCAGCAGGUGAGCGGGCUCCUGGCGCAGCUGUGGCGCGCACAGCCCGCCGCCAUCCUGCCCUGCCUCAAAGAGCUGUUCGCAGUCAUCUCCUGCACAGAGGAGGAGCCACCAUCUAGUGCCCUGGCCAGCGUGGUCCAGCACCUCCCAUUGGAGCUCAUGGAUGGUGUUGUCCGGAACCUCAGCAAUGAUGACAGUGUGACAGACUCGCAGAUGCUGACUGCCAUUAGCAGGAUGAUUGACUGGGUGUCUUGGCCCCUGGGGAAGAACAUUGACAAGUGGAUCAUUGCACUGCUGAAGGGCCUGGCUGCUGUUAAGAAGUUCAGCAUCUUGAUCGAGGUUUCGCUCACCAAAAUUGAGAAGGUUUUCUCUAAGCUGCUGUACCCCAUCGUCCGGGGAGCUGCCUUGUCUGUGCUCAAGUACAUGCUUCUGACCUUCCAGCACUCCCAUGAAGCCUUCCACCUGCUCCUCCCUCACAUCCCCCGCAUGGUAGCCUCUCUGGUCAAGGAGGACUCGAACUCGGGGACCAGCUGCCUGGAGCAGCUGGCGGAGCUGGUCCACUGCAUGGUGUUCCGGUUCCCGGGCUUCCCAGAUCUGUAUGAGCCUGUCAUGGAGGCCAUCAAGGACCUCCAUGUUCCCAAUGAGGACCGCAUCAAGCAGCUGCUGGGGCAGGAUGCCUGGACUUCGCAGAAGAGCGAGCUGGCGGGUUUCUAUCCCCGGCUCAUGGCCAAGUCAGACACGGGCAAGAUUGGUCUCAUCAACCUAGGCAACACAUGCUAUGUCAACAGCAUCCUUCAGGCCUUAUUCAUGGCGUCUGACUUCAGACAUUGUGUGCUCCGCUUGACUGAGAACAACUCACAGCCCCUGAUGACCAAGCUGCAGUGGCUCUUUGGCUUCCUAGAACACAGCCAGCGGCCUGCCAUUUCCCCAGAGAACUUCCUUUCCGCAUCCUGGACGCCCUGGUUCAGCCCUGGCACCCAGCAGGACUGCUCGGAGUAUCUGAAGUACCUGCUGGAUCGGCUGCACGAAGAGGAGAAAACGGGCACAAGGAUCUGCCAGAAACUCAAGCAGUCCAGCUCGCCCUCUCCGCCCGAGGAGCCCCUGGCCCCAAGUUCAACCUCCGUGGAAAAAAUGUUUGGAGGCAAGAUAGUGACUCGGAUCUGCUGUCUCUGCUGCCUCAAUGUCUCCUCCCGGGAGGAGGCCUUCACGGACCUCUCUCUCGCCUUUCCUCCACCUGAGCGCUGUCGCCGCCGCCGCCUGGGCUCUGUGAUGCGCCCUACAGAAGACAUCACAGCCCGGGAGUUGCCCCCACCAACCAGUGCACAGGGGCCAGGCAGGGUGGGUCCUCGGAGGCAAAGGAAACACUGCAUCACAGGGGACACCCACCCCACCAACCUGUACAUUGAAGGCCUGGACUCCAAGGAAGCUGGUGGGCAGAGCAGUCGGGAGGAAAAGGUAGAGAGGGAGGAAGAAAGGAAGGAGGAGAGAACGGAGAAGGAAGAAGUGGGGGAGGAGGAGGAAAGCACCAGAGGGGAAGAAGAGAGGGAGAAAGAAGAGGAGGUGGAAGAGGAAGAAGAGAAGGUGGAGAAGGAGACAGAAAAGGAGGCUCAGCAGGAAAAGGAAGAAGACAGCCUGGGAGUGGGGACCCACCUGGAUGCUGCCAUCCCCUCCGGGGAGCAGACAUGUGGCUCCGAGGGCUCCCGUUCCGUCCUGGACCUGGUUAACUACUUCCUGUCCCCUGAGAAGCUGACAGCAGAAAACCGCUACUACUGCGAGUCGUGUGCCUCCCUGCAGGAUGCCGAGAAGGUGGUGGAGCUGAGCCAAGGGCCGCGCUACCUCAUCCUCACACUGCUGCGCUUCUCCUUCGACCUGCGCACCAUGCGGCGCCGCAAGAUCCUGGAUGACGUCUCCAUCCCCCUGCUGCUCCGCCUGCCACUGGCUGGUGGCCGUGGCCAGGCCUAUGACCUCUGCAGUGUGGUGGUGCACUCUGGAGUGUCUUCGGAGAGUGGUCACUACUACUGCUAUGCCCGUGAGGGCGCUGCCCGCCCUGCCCCUUCUCUGGGAACUGCCGAUAGGCCAGAGCCCGAGAACCAGUGGUACCUUUUCAAUGACACUCGGGUGUCCUUCUCUUCCUUCGAAUCUGUCAGCAACGUCACCUCCUUCUUCCCCAAGGACACAGCCUAUGUGCUGUUUUACCGGCAGCGGCCCAGGGAGGGGCCCGAGGCUGAGUCGGGCUCUUCUAGAGUCCGGACAGAGCCCACCCUGCACAAGGACUUGAUGGAAGCCAUUUCCAAAGACAACAUCCUUUACCUACAGGAGCAGGAGAAGGAGGCCCGGAGCAGGGCAGCCUACAUCUCUGCACUCCCCACAUCUCCGCACUGGGGGAGGGGCUUUGAUGAAGACAAGGAUGAGGAUGAAGGCUCUCCAGGGGGCUGCAAUCCUGCAGGUGGCAAUGGUGGCGACUUCCACAGACUGGUCUUCUAAUGUGAACCUGCUGCCAACCUGACCCCUUCCCUCCAGGAGCCAGUGGGCCUGAAGCCUGGCUUUGGUCUUCUUGCCUGACACCUUGGAGAACUGCGGUGAGCAUCUUCCAGAGGGCAGCCUGGGAUCCUGCACUCAAGCCAUAAUUCUGCCACUUAGCCUGACUGUGAGUACCACCCUUGCCUGAAGUCUCACACCGCAGCCUCCCUCCUGCACGUGAGGACACGUGGGUAAGGUUGCUGCCUUAGAAGAUCCCCUACCAUGCAGCCUGGGUCUAUUGCAUUCUAGAUCCUCUGCUUACCUACAAGGUUGGUGAAACUUGUAAUCCAGUCUACCUUAGCACGUACAUUUCUUCCAGACUAGAAUACUUGUAUCUUACUUGUCCAAAGACUCAACGCAGGGUUCUGAACUGAGACAAGAACUUGGGCAGGGUCCUAAGAUGAAGAAGCCAUCACUCUUUUGGGGUUGUGCUUUUAGUUCCAUAAGGUGUGACCUUUUACCUAACCAGGCCGGCCUGAGGACCCCUGGUUAACCCACACUCACCAGGAAAGAGCCGACUCCAUCACUCAUGGAUUCAGCAGACCGGCCUGCACUCUCUCCACCACGCUGUGGGUACUCGUAGGUCUCACAGGAAGAAGCUGACAGAGGAAGGAGGAUCCAUAUGUACUCAUGGUUGAUUCAUGUGUUGACACUUCCCCAUACCCUCACCAGUGUGGUUCAAGGUCUUACUGAUACUCCAGAAGAUACUACUCUCAACCCCAAAUGAUAAGGAAUUUCUUGGAACACAUCACUCCUCAGUUCAAAAAUUCCUCCUGGGCUUCUAGAUGUAGCUCCAGUGUUAGCAUCUGCAGAGAAGCUGUCCUUGACUACUCUACCCUCAUCUAUACACCUCUCCUUUGACUCCUAUACCACUCACCUGUCCUGCUCACCCCAGCCAUCACUUCUCUGAACACCACAGUAACAAUACUUGUCCUGAUUUAUAUGUGUUGGUUUUAUUUUCCCAAUGAGAUGUAAGCUCUGAAGGGCAGGAACACGUUUUAUGUAUGUCUUUAUCAUCUCAGUUCCAAAGCACAAUAUGACUGCUCAAAUUGUCAAUGGAUUGAAAGACAGCAAAGAGGUCUAAACCAGGAGUUGGGACUCUAGGGUCUGAGUCUCAUCUCUGGCACAAUGACUCUGCAACUCUAUUUAAGUGUCUUAACUGUCAUUGGCCUCAUGUGAGAUGGAGACAAGGAGGUUUUGUCUCACCAACCUCUCUGCCUGGCCUAAACAACAGGAUGGACAAGAAAAGGCUUUGCAAACCAUAAAGCAAGAUGCAAAAUGAAAGGAAUUAAUAUUGUUCUAUUUUUUCAUCAUACAGACGAGGUUACAUGCAGAGUUGGAAUACUCUCAGUGGAAAACAAGUAACAAUAGAAUUUAGAUACUUCAAAUAAAAGUUUUCACUUCAACCAAAGAGAUUCAAGUAUGAUUUAGAAAAUAUUAAGACCUCGUUUUGCUUUAACAGUCUGUUAGUCCACACAGGUUUCACUCCAGUUUGGACUGAUCUUCUGAAUUUAUUUUUUAAAUCUUUGAUUUGAUUUAUAAAUGAAUAAAAUACAAUGAUUUGGACUUCUAAA